UGGAAGAUUUGCCCUUUCUUUUUAACAGAUGCUUGCUCUUUCCUCAAUUGACCUUGUUUGAUUAUUAACAAAAGUGGGAAACUUCCAUCUUUCUAUUUUGGUAUAAGAAGUCGUAUGAAAAUAUAAAGUAAAGAUUGAAUUGAACUUUGUACAAGCAGAAAACAAAGAUUGCUCUUCUCCUGUCUUAGUCCACCGCCAGAAGCAGGCGUAUGGGCCAGUGGGCCGGACAAGCUCACGUAAUUGCCAAGUGACCUCCUCAAGUGUCGUUCUGGCUUCCACGUCCACCUCUCAAAGCUCCAAAGCCAAGCAUUAUCGUUAUCGACCAGAAUCAUCAUCCCCAAACCAGCCGUAUUUCCAUCUCUCAACCUAGCAAAUGGGAUCAACUCAAGGCAUUGAGCUGAUCAAUCUGGCAAUCCAGAAACUCAUACAAGAAAAGAGGAUCAGACAUACCUCUGCCUCUGCAGAUCAACUCUCGGAAGAAGACGAGGACGACCAGCUUCUCACCAGAUUGCUUUCCCAGUUGGAAUCAUUAAGAGGGGAUAGCACGCUCAAUUGCAAGCAAUCUGAAGGAUCAAUUUUACUAGAGGAGGUGACUUCUCCGAUGGUUGAUGAAGCAGAGGCAAAACGUGAAAAUGGCAGCCGAGUGGAAUGUGGAUGCGGGGAGAUCGGUGCAGAAGAGAUAGUGAAAGAGCUUAGAGCGAUUCAGAGGCAGAAUACUGUGACUCAUUGCCUUCUUUCAGUGAUGAUUGUUGUCACUCUAGUCUGGCAACUCUCUGAGGUGUCCCUGUUUCUCAAAGUCAAAAAUGGUUUCAGCCACCCUUUUAGAUCAUUUGGAAGUAUGCUCCUGAGAAUGCUGCCAAACCCUACUCCUGGGAUUAAUAUGCAAGACGCAGACAACAAUUCCUCAUCUACAAAAACCCACCACAAUCACCCUCUUGACCCUUCGCUUCCCUCCGUCAGAAUGCCCGAGCUUCCUCACUUAGAGUUUCCACAUUUGGGACAAAGCACAAGCAGUGAAGGGCACUGACCCAUCGUCUUGUCCUGACUUUGAAGCUGAUCUUUUAGCAAUUACAAAGUUUUUGUCUGGUUCUUAUCGGUCGCCAAGUAAAGGAGAGUGAAAUGUGAACUUGUAUUUUUUGUUUACCUCUUGUUCUGUUGAACCGUUCGUAGAAGUGUUAUAAUAAUACUAAAUUCAAUUUGCGACCGCGGAAUAUUUUUGGGAAACAGAUUGCAUACUUUGCACAGGAGGAAUCUAAUUUCAUUGAAUCA